CGCCCCGCCCCCCGGUACUCGCACACCUCCCGUGUCACCUUGGGGGUCCCGGCUGCUGUCAGACGGUAACAAGAUGGCGGAGAGCGGCAAGCAGAGGACCUCCCCCAAGGCCAUCAAGUUCCUCUUCGGGGGGCUGGCCGGGAUGGGAGCCACGGUUUUUGUCCAGCCGCUGGAUCUGGUGAAGAAUCGUAUGCAGCUGAGCGGGGAGGGGGCUAAGACCAAGGAGUAUAAAACCAGCUUCCAUGCGGUGGGCAGUAUCCUGAGGAACGAGGGUCUCCGAGGAAUCUAUACAGGGUUAUCUGCCGGUCUUCUGCGCCAAGCGACCUACACGACUACGCGUCUUGGUAUUUACACCAUACUGUUUGAGAAGCUGACCAAGGCGGAUGGGACCCCCCCCAACUUCUUAAUGAAAGCAGCUAUAGGGAUGACGGCUGGGGCCACCGGAGCCUUUGUGGGGACUCCGGCUGAGGUCGCCCUCAUCAGAAUGACAGCAGACGGAAGGUUACCUGCCGACCAGAGGAGGGGAUACAGCAACGUCUUCAAUGCACUAGUGAGAAUGUCUAGAGAAGAAGGAAUCACCACGUUGUGGCGGGGCUGUAUACCCACCAUGGCUCGGGCCGUCGUUGUGAACGCUGCCCAGCUGGCGUCUUAUUCUCAGUCCAAGCAGUUUCUUUUGGAUUCCGGUUACUUCCGGGAUAAUAUCUUCUGUCACUUCUGCGCCAGUAUGAUCAGUGGUCUGGUCACCACCGCCGCCUCAAUGCCUGUGGAUAUAGCAAAGACCAGGAUACAGAACAUGCGAAUGAUUGAUGGGAAGCCAGAGUAUAAGAGUGGGCUGGACGUCCUGGCGAAGGUCGUGCGAUACGAAGGAUUCUUCAGCCUCUGGAAGGGCUUCACUCCUUACUACGCCCGCCUGGGACCCCACACCGUUCUGACCUUCAUCUUCCUGGAGCAGAUGAACAAAUACUACAAGCAGUUCUUCCUGAGCGGAUGACGAGACUGUUCCCGUAUCUAUUAAUCUGUCCUACAGACCCAAACCCUGGAGCCCCUGCCCGUCCCCUGCCCGCCACCCCCUCCCCAUAUUAUCCAGCUUAGGAUGGCUUGUGUCCCACCCUCGGAUCUGACCUCACCGUACCGUGUUGGCUUCUCUGGUUUGCAUUGUGUGUAAUAUCGGGGAGGGGGUCCUAACUAUGGGCAUGUACAUAUACAAGUGUCUCAUUAAAGCAUUUGUAUAUGUGCCUGCCCCUCCCCCCACAGUCUCGCUGGAGUUUCGGUCUGUAGGAAAUAGCUGCAACAUUUAAAUAGUUAUUUUGGAAAGACUUCUCCAGCCAAAGUUAAUGUUCUUUAUUAUCUUUCCAACCAGGAUUAAAUCUUUUAGUCAGUACUUUAUAUUAUUGUUUAUAAAUUAUAUUCACGGAGAGACGGGAUGGCGCUGGGAGAUCUUGUACAAAUAGUGGCGGUAGCCGGGAUCCAUUAUAUGGAGAGGGCUUUUGUUCAUAACCGCUGACAUCCCACCCUCAUAACUAGGUGUUCCUGGUGGCUUGUCAGGGGGGGAGGGCUUUUACACUACAGAUCCCAGCUGACAUAGACUUCAUUUUAGAGAUAAGGCUUUGGCGCUGAAAUAGCCUCUCCUACCGCAGCUCCGGCGACGGACAUGCCCUGGCAAAACGUUCCCUACGCAGCAUUACGGUGAGCUUUGGCGAGGAGGAUAGAAUACAACCUGAUUUACAUUACGAACAAGAGCCUGGUCUUAAGUGUCCCUACGCGGGACGUAUUAUCUCACUUGCACCGGAUUCCUGACUUCUCCCACCUGUUUAUAUCACGUGUGCAAGGACUUGCAGCCGUCACUCACAGAAAAGAGUCGACGUUCGUGCGGGCGAAGCAAUAACUCUCAUUACUCAGCCCGCCGGUUCCCUAGGAACCGUGUCGUCAGUGGAUUGAGAGCUUACAUAUGGAUCCCACCCAGUCAGUGGCCACUUUCAUGGUGUGAGGGUAACCAGUGCAAUUUAAUAAAGAGCUUUAUGAAACAAG